ACGUGAUUUUAUUGAUUUUUGGCGCGGAGGAAAUCUAAACAUGGCUGCUGUUCGACUUUAUUCCGAUAGCAAAUGUUCCACCAUCUAGCAGCUCGUAUGUUCAUGCAGAUAUGACUGCGUAAUGAGUUUGUAAGAUCUCCCAUUAUUUGAAAACAUGGAAGAUUGGGAUAUUCCGCUGCAAUAUCCCGAUGAAGAUGAUUUCGAAGAUCGAUAUGCGGAUGAGAUGGAAAUUAUGGACGAAAUCGGUGCUGGGUUUCCUUCUUCAAGAAAGACUUUAAAUUUCGGGCAUGAAAAAGACAGCACAACUGACGGAGAAACUGGCAAGAAACGUGAUCACGAUGAAAUGUACGGCUCACCACUUGAUGAAAGCAUUGAAAUUCCGAAAGAUCAAUUAAGUCCUGUUAACAAGCGACCACGUUGUGCAAGCCCAAAUACCCAAGAUAAGCAUGAUUUGAAUGAUAACUCUGUACCGUCUAAUCAAACAACCAAUGGACACCACCUGAAUCAAAGUCCUGAAACUCUAAAGUAUGGUACAUCACAAAAUAUCCUAUUUGAUAGAGGGUAUGGACUGUCGCAAGAUAUCCCAUCCCAUGGACAUAUGCCAUCAAGGCUGGGGAAGACUCAUGUUUACACUAGACCACCAAUGAACAAGGAGUGUGUUACUGUGACAAAGACUGAUGGUCAGAGGCUGUAUCUUUGUCUUGACGCAGAUGACGACUGUCAAUCACAGUUGCCAAAAAAGAACACAAAGUUGCAUGAAAUGAGAAGGAAGUUUUCACAAAAUCUGCUACAGGUCCCAUUUCAUGUUCUGCAACAGCAAGUUAAUGAACAGAGAAGGAGUAAAGCCAGGGCAGAGUCGGACAGAGUUAUGGCAGCAGUGAGAAGAGCUGUCGAGGGUACUCCUGAAACACAGCCUACAGGUGGAGCAGGCGAGGAAGAGAAACAAGACGAGGAAGAAUCCACACCCCUACACCAUGGUUUAUGGGUAGAAAAAUAUUCCCCAAGACAUUUCACAGAACUUUUGAGUGAUGACGCGAUCAACAGAACUCUGCUGCAAUGGCUUAAAUUGUGGGAUAAGGUGGUAUUCAGGAGAGAGAGGAAACCUGUGAAACAUCAGCCAAAGGAACAGAAGUCCAACAUGGACAAAAAGCACAACAAGGACUUUAGAAAGUUUGGCAAGGGAGGACUUGACAGUGACGCAUGGACUGAAGUUGAUGACAAUGGCUACCCAGUACACAAGGUUGCCUUGCUCUGUGGUCCCCCUGGUCUUGGUAAAACUACCCUGGCUCAUGUCAUUGCACAACAUGCUGGUUACAAUGUGGUGGAAAUGAAUGCCAGCGAUGAUCGGGCUGUGGAAGUGUUCAGACAGAAGAUUGAGGUUGCUACCCAGAUGAAAUCUGUUCUUGGUGCCAAUGAGAGGCCUAACUGCCUUGUUAUUGAUGAAAUUGAUGGAGCGCCCACACCUGCAAUCAAUGUACUCCUAUCUGUCCUCAAGCAGAAGCAAUCAGAUGGUGGUGAGGUGAAAAAAGGAAAGAAGAAAAAGAAGAUCCUUCAGCUCCUGAGGCCUGUUAUCUGUAUCUGCAAUGACCAGUUCGUGCCGUCUCUUCGACAACUUCGUCAGCAAGCUCUGGUUGCCGUCUUCCCUCAAACCAUUCCUGGGCGACUCUCAAGCAGACUUCUUGAGAUUGCCAGGCGUGAGGGUGUCUCAACAGACAUGACAACACUACUUGCUCUGUGCGACAAGGCCGAGAACGACAUUCGAUCUUGCCUCAAUACACUUCAGUUUGUACACAGACGCCACGGAAAGCUAGCCCUAGAGCACGUCCAAUCAACAACUGUCGGCCAAAAGGAUCUACACAAAAACUUGUUUACUAUUUGGCACGAGAUUUUCCAGCUCCCCAAGCCAAAGAGGAAGCGAUUUGGGCUCUCGAAUACUGUGGGUGGUACCCAAAGGCGCGCAGAGGAUAUCGGGUUCUUCACCAGUGAUGAGAAUCUUGGGGUUGAUCCCACGCAGAAUGUAUCAUCCUUGACGACAAGGUUUCAUAAUAUUCUACGCCUGGCAUCAUCUAGUGGUCAAUAUGAGAAGCUUAUGCAAGGUCUAUUUGAAAAUUACUUGAAUAUCAAGUUUAAAGAUACAGGUCUCAGCGCUGUUGUCAGUGGAACAGAGUGGCUCGAGUUCUCCGACGUCGUAGAGCGAAAGAUCCUUCAGUCUCAGAGCUUCAUGCUGAGAGGGUACAGCUCUUUUUUAUCCGUUGCCUUUCAUCUACUGUACGCCACGCCUACUUCGUCAAAACUCAGCUAUCCCAGCAGUCAGUACGAGUGUCAUUUGCGCGAAGUCAAGACAAUGAACUUGCUUGAGUCGCUCAAAUCCGAGGCUUGUCCUCGCAUAAGACAAGUUCUGAACCAGCGCAUCGCGUUACUGGAUCUGUUUCCGCUUUUACUGGAAAUAAUUACACCUACACUUAGACCGGUGAACAUGCAGCUCUUUUCCGCACGUGAGAAAAAGCAAGUCACUGAUUUAAUUGACACAAUGAUCGCCUACAACUUGACCUACCACCAGGAGAGAAACAGCGACGGCCAGUAUAACUAUACACUAGAUCCGAAUAUAGAAGAGGCUGUCAAGUUUCCUGGUCUGGCUCAACACAAGCAGCUUACGUAUGCCACCAAGCAACUCGUAGCUAGAGAGAUUGAUCUCGAAAAAAUGAGACGGGCAGAAAGUGUGAUGUACGCGCACGCUCAGGAUACGCCUAGCAAGCUGAGCAGUGAGAGUAAGGCGGUUAAGAAGGAGAAACCUAACGUUGUAACAAAGUUAGAUACCACCAAAGUCAUGGUGAAGGAAGAGAAGGUGGCUCUUGAUUUCUUUGGGAGACCCAUCAAGAGAAAAGAACCAAAAAAUGCCGGCAAAGGUUCUGACGGUAAGAAAGAGGAAAGCAAAUGCGCGGCUCAGGAGAUCUGGUUCCGCUUUAAUGAGGGUUAUAGUAACGCGGUCAGGAAGAACAUCAAGAUACAAGAGUUACUGUAACGGUGCACCUUGUUCCGCAGCCUUAUCAAGCAUCGCCAAUAGUCUAUUUUGUCAGUGUUGCCAUAUUAUUUGAAGGUAAACCUGCCUAGUUCACAAGGCAACUUGAGCCGUCAAUUGCUGUGGACAGGCCAGCGGUAACAAAGGUAGUAGUCAGACAUGGGUAGAGGAAAACAGAAGAUAAGGAGCAAUCGUGAUAAUCGAAAUGAUCGUGAUAAUCAGAAAUGCUAAAAAAACAUUACAGGGUAUUGUAACCACAGGAAGACGGCGUUGAUCGUCUUUCGCAAAUAAAAACAAUGAAAAUAA